AUGAAUGGUAUCUCUAAAAUUGAUGAAAUAACGGCAUUGGAGUAUCCGUCGCUAAAAGUGCCGUACGAGUUGCUCAAUAAACGAUUUCGAAGUGCUCAAAAGGCGAUCGACCGUCAUAAUUUUCGAGUUCGAGAAGCAACUAAUGAAUUAUCAAAACAAGUCGAAGCCGAAAAAAUUAACGACAUCGUCAGUGUUGGCAAGGUAGUUCCACAGACUCAAAUAAUUAUGGAACGAUUUGAUGCAUUACAAGAAUCAUUCACUCAAGUAUUAAAUGACCAAAUGGCUAUGGCCAAACUUUUGGAAUCUCGUAUAAACUACCUAAAAGAGGCAAAUACGAGCGAUACUUGGAAAGGGGAAACCUGGAAGCAACAGCGUAUUAAUAGGCUCAUAAUUGAUUAUUUGUUGCGGUCGGGUUACUUUGAAAGCGCUCAGAAACUCGCUGAACAAAGCGAUGUGGAAGUGAUGUGUAACAAAUCAAUCUUCAUGAUUGCUAAACAGGUGGAAGAUAGUUUAUCUCGUCAUGAGACGGAUCGCUGUCUAGAAUGGAUCAUGGAUAAUAAAUCGAAACUACGUCGAAUGAAGAGUAAUCUUGAGGUAGCACUUCGCAUUCAGGAAUGCAUCGAAAUGGUCAAAAAAGAUCAACGUAUGCAGGCUGUUCUAUAUGCACGCAAACAUUUCUCAACUUUACCACCUCAACUGUGGACUGGUACCGUUUUGAAGGUGAUGGGAUUAAUUGGCUUUGGACGCAGCUAUAAUAUAGAGCCGUAUAAAGCGCUCUGUAGUGAUGACAAGUGGGACAUGCUCAUUGAACUUUUCAGACAAGAAAAUGCACGCAUAUUUCAGCUGAUGGAGCAUUCAUCAUUCAAUGCAUGCCUGUGUAUGGGUAUGUCUGCGCUGAAAACGCCUCACUGUCGACCAGACCCCUCUUCCAGAUGUGCAAUAUGCCAUCCAGAUGUCAACGAACUUGCUGAAGAUCUACCUUUUGCGCAUACCACUAAUUCUAGACUGGUGUGUCCUUAUUCUGGUGAACCACUCGAUGAGAAUAAUCCACCGUUUAUGUUACCGAAUGGACGUGUAUAUGGUGAACGUACAAUCGGUAAACUGUGUAAAAACAAUCAAAUUGAAUGUCCAAAAACAAGGGAAAUAUUCCCGCUCAAUCAACUCGUCAGAGUUUUCGUUUUGUAA